CCUACGGAACCUCGGCCGUGCGGUUCUGGUGUCCGGGGGGAAGAGGGACGAGAAGGACCCAGGCCAAGAGGCUCCCUUGGCUUCCUUGGCGAUCAUGGCUACUACGGUCGGAAGGCUGCUGCUUUGCCGGCCCAGCCCGGGCGGCGGGGCCCGCUGGAGAUUUAUAGCGACAUCGCCAGCUGCUCAGCUGUCACCCACCGAACUGACAGAAAUGAGGAACGAACUUUUUAAUAAAGAGAAAAGUAGGCAGUUAUCGUUAACUCCCCGAACAGAAAAGAUCGAAGUUAAGCAUGUUGGGAAAACUGAUCCUGGCGUCGUCUUCUUGAUGAACAAAAACAUUUCAACUCCCUACAGUUGUGCCAUGCAUUUAAGUGAGUGGUACUGCAGGAAGUCCAUUCUGGCGCUUGUGGACGGACAGCCUUGGGACAUGUAUAAGCCUUUGACCAAGUCCUGUGAGAUUAAAUUUCUUACUUUCAAAGACCCUGACCCAAGAGAAGUGAAUAAGGCCUACUGGCAUUCUUGUGCCAUGAUCAUGGGCUGUGUAGUAGAAAGGGCCUUCAAAGAUGAGUAUGCAGUCAGCUUGGUGAGAGCACCAGAAGUUCCUGUAAUCGCUGGGGCCUUCUGCUAUGAUAUAGUUUUGGAUAAGAGGCUGGAUGAAUGGAUGCCAACAAAAACGAGAACCUUACAGUAUAGCUCUGGCUGCCGUGGAAAUAACUUACAAGAAAAUCAUAUAGGCUUCCUCCUGAAUAUUAACCUUCAUCAGGCGAUGAAAGGAGACAGAGACAGAGACCCACAUUGGAGCACCGGACUGAAAUCUCAAGGUUCAAAUCAGAAGCAGAAGGAGAGAGAGCACAAGCAAGGAACUCAGGACCGCGAGGGGUGCACCCAUACACAGAGACAAUGGGGAUGUUCUAUCGGGAACUCACCAAGGCCAGCUGGCCUGGGUCUGAAAAAGCCCGGGUUAAAACCGGUCUCGCUGAACAUAGUGGACAAUGAGGACUACUGAGACCUCAAGAACAAUGGCAGUGGGUUUUUGAUCCUACUGUACCUAUUGGUUUCGUGGGAGCAUAGGCAGUUUCGUGGAUGCUCUCCUUACUAGACCUGGAUGGAGGUGGGUGGUCCUUGGACUUCCCACAGGGCAGGGAACCCUGAUUGCUCUUUGGGCUGACGAGGGAG